ACAAAAUUUUCUGGUUGAAAAUUUUAUCAAAUAUGGCGACCAUGUUGAUCCGAAAUUUUUCCAAAAAUGUUGCUACUCAAGGCUUGUAUGUGGCCAGAAGAUGUCUAGCAAGUGAUGCAGGAGCUGCAACAAUGCCUUUUACAUUUGGAUCACCUCAUACAGCUUAUUAUCACAACAUAGAUGUUAAGCAAGUUGAUGUUCCUUCUGGCACAGGAACAUUUGGUAUUCUUCCAAAUCAUGUGCCAACAUUAGCAGUAUUAAAACCUGGAGUUCUUACAGUUUUUGAAGAUGAGGGUACCAAAAAGUUCUUUGUAAGCAGUGGAACAGUAACAAUAAAUGGAGAUUCAUCACUGCAAGUUUUAGCAGAAGAAGCUGUGCCCUUGGAACAGCUUGAUUUAGCUGAAGCAAGACAAGGAUUAGACAGUGCUCAAAAUGCUGCUGCUACAGCCACAAGUGAAGAAGAUAAAGCUGAAGCUCAAAUCGCUGCUGAAUGUUAUGAGGCAAUACUUAAAGCAUUGGAAAGCCACUGAUUAUUAGUUAAAUAGGCAUUAUUUUUGUAAACUGUAAGAGUGGCUGAUCCCUAGAGAGAAUGGGCAUAUCAUUGGUGUGUUAAUAUGCAUAUUUAUGCAAUUGGAUUUUGGCUUUUGAUGUACUUGCCAAUUAUAUGUUCUUAUUAUUGGAGUGAAA